AACAGCUCGCGUUUAAUUUUAUUUGGUCGCUUGCUAACAGCGACAACGGUUGCGUCUCGCCAAAUAAGUACUAGCUAAAAGCAGGCUCCCGGAAUCGAGAAAUAAAUCCCAUAAAAAACUCUGCGGGUUAAAGCCAACGACAAGAGCCGUGUCCGAGUUCGUUACGGUUACCAACGUUUAGUGCGACCAAAUAUACAUUAAUCGGAAGGACACUUUAAGAGUGGCCAGUCGCCAGGGACCGUCAUUACUUAUACGCGUUCAACAGUCGAAACUUGAUCGAUUUCAUUCAGUUUUUUUGAACACUCACCGCCUCAUACGAUUCUUAAUCUCCACGAUUGGACAAUUGAAACUGUAACGCGAAGAACACAAAGUGUCAACAAAGUCAUAAAAAGAUUUGCACACUCUGACAAUAAAGUAAACAAAAAGAACAAAAAAUACAGCAACAGAGUAAUUAUCAAAUAGCAGGCGCACAUAGCCCACAUAGUCCACAACCCGAAAGUUGGCGCAACAUGAGCCUCAGGCUUUAGGGAGAAUAAUCAGCAGUAGCAGCAGGUGCAGCAUCCAGCACCCAGCAUUCAGCAACCGGAGGGGUCAAGGUUCAUUCGGGAACCGGAGCAAUAAGUAAUUGACCAAUUGCCCAGGGCAAUACCAAAAACAUGGUUCACGGACCGCCAGCACGCAGAAAAUCCCAGCAGCAGCAUGAGCCCUGCGAAAUGGAUCUCGAGCGACAGCCCACUCCGCCGGACGGCGGAUGGGGAUGGGUGGUGGUCUUCGGCUCCUUCAUGAUACACAUAGUCACCGAUGGUAUGACCUACUCCUUUGGCAUCUUCUACAAUGAGUUCCUGGAAUAUUUCAACGAAGGCAAAGGUUACACGGCCUGGAUUGCCUCAAUUAUGGUGGGCGUGACCUUCUCUUCAGGACCCAUCAGUUCGUCCUUCGUCAAUCGAUAUGGUUGUCGAGCGGUGACCAUAGCGGGUGCCAUCCUGGCCGCCAGCUGCAUCAUCGUGAGCAUGUUUGCCCAGAACGUACUCACGCUGAUCAUCACGAUUGGGUUUGGAACGGGCCUGGGCUUCGGGCUCAUCUAUUUGCCGGCCAUUGUGAGUGUGACGCAGUACUUCGAAGCCCGGAGGUCCCUGGCCACGGGAAUCGCGGUCUGCGGCUCCGGAUUCGGCACCUUCGUAUUUGCCCCGCUGACGGAGUACCUGAUCGGCAAUUAUGGGUGGCGCGGAGCGAUGCUGAUCAUCGGUGGCAUUGUGCUCAACUGCAUCAUCUUCGGGGCGAUGUUCCGGCCGCUGGAGCUGGAGGCACCGCCACAGAACACACCGCCCAACACGCCCAGCACACCGAAGCUGGGCAAGAAGUCGGCCAUCAUCGACCAGAACACCACGCCGGCGGAACUGGAGCCCCUGAAGAUCCUGCCGAAGGAUCAGUACCUGCAGCUGCCCCAGCGCACCGAUACUCCGAUUUCCGGAGGAGGAGGUGCCCUCUGCAGAUCGAAUAGUGUGGGGCACAACCUCAAGCCCAGUUUGAAUAACAAUUUGAAUGGCGCCGUCAAUGGGCAGAUAGUCACUUUGGUGACCCCACCGCAGGCGGUGGCGAAGAGCACCAGCAACGACGACAUCGCCCGCAAGUGCCACAGCCAGCUGCAAUUGACUCCUCUGAGGGAUGCCCAUCGGGAGCGGAGUGCCAGUGGCACCAUGUACCGCCCAGAUGCCCUCUAUCAGGGAUCGCUGCACAACCUGCCCGACUAUGUGAGUUCCAGGAACGAUCUAAACCGCUCCAUGUCCGGAUCUGGGGUGAUCAAGCGGUACGGAUCACUCCGCCAGAGCAACAAUGUGUCACAGAGUACGGAGGAGACCAAAUGCUGUGGCUGCAUCACUUGCUCCAAGGAGACCCGCGACACGUUCGCCGAGAUGAUGAACUUCUCGCUGCUCAAGGAUGUGAUUUUCGUGAUCUUCUCCGUGUCCAAUUUCUGCACGAGCAUCGGCUUCAACGUUCCGUACCUCUACGUGGCCGCCUACGCGGACACCCUGGGCAUUUCCAAGACGGAUGCCAGCUACCUGAUCGCCAUCAUUGGCGGGGCCAACACGUUGGGCCGCAUAAUCCUGGGCUACAUAUCGGACAAGCCGUGGGUCAACCGCCUGCUGGUCUACAACGUCUGCCUCACCGCCUGCGGAGUGUCCACUGCCAUGGUGCCGCUGUGCCAUGACUACAAAUCGCUGGCCGUUUACUGCAUCGUCUUCGGCUUCACGAUCGGUGCCUACGUCGGUCUCACCUCGGUCAUCCUUGUGGAUCUGCUGGGACUGGACAAGCUGACCAAUGCCUUCGGCCUGCUGCUGCUUUUCCAGGGCAUCGCCAGCUUUAUUGGUCCGCCCAUCGGAGGUUGGAUGUACGAUCUGACGGACUCGUAUGCGCCGGCCUUCCUGAUGGCGGGACUAAUGAUCGCCGUCAGCGGAGUGGUGAUGUUCGCCAUUCCGCCGCUGCAGCGACUUCAGGCACGGAGGUCGGAACAGAAGCACCACACGGAGCACCUAGCCCUAAGUUAGUCAACCCACUUCAUCAUACACCCCCUCCUUGUGUGCGUUUAUUCAUAUUUUUUUUUAUUUUUUUUUCUAUUGUAACUAUAAAUCUAGACAUAUACUGAUGCACACGACACUUGGUUAGAUUAAGACUUGUAUGCAUGUGUGUAUGCCAUAGCUAGAGCAUAUCCGAUUAUUUAUGUAUAGGCAACUACCCCUGACCCCUGACCCAUGAGCUCUGAACCCCUGAACCCUGACCCGAAACUCCAUUCCCAUGAAAACCUCCAUUGCAAAUGCAUGCAAAUGUAUACACCUAUAUGUACGUAAAUCCAUACACAAACUGUACUAGAGAAAUUAUUGUUAUUCUAUUAUAACUGUAUGCCUGUGUGCGUGUGUCUGUCUGUGUAUACGCCAUUAAAGAAAGCUUUUGUACAACAACAACAAGAAA